UUCACAUCAGUCUUUGUCAGCUCUCAGCAACACAUCCUGCGAACUAGCUCCUACCACACAGAACACAGGGAGCCAGAGAAUGGCAGUGCUGGGGGCUCUUACUUGCAUCCACACUCAUCUGCAAACCUCUUUUACCUUCACUGUAAAACUUGGAGCUAAUAGGAGGAACCUCUCAGAAGUCUAAGGGGACUUGCAUUGCAGUUGGCUACUAAGAUUGCAUCUGCCUCUUUACUCCAGUGUUUGGUUGUUUGCUGUAGAAAAUACACUUUAAAGGAUUUUCGGUAAAUCUGCUAGGAUGGGAGGGGGGAGAUGAGCAGAGAAGGCAGCAGACACUUUCUUCUUCAUCUUAGCAGCAUGAGAGGAGGAGCUGGUCCCUUCUGCAAAGUGGGAAAGGUGAACUGGUUUGUCUAAGGGAAGGCUUGCACAUCAGGAGCUGUGUUGGGUCCAUCUCUACAGGAGAGGGAGAAGACCAUCUGGAUGUGAUCUGAGAAGAGAUGAGUUCCUUAGGAGCUCAGGGUGAUAGGUGUAAAGAGAGCAGCUGAGUGCUUCCAGUUCAAUGGGCUGUGAGCUCAAGGGAGUCAAGUGCAAGAGUUGAGUGUCAGUUCUAAGGAACAUGGGGAGUUCAGAUGAGUGAAGUCUUGCAUGAAGGCUGCUGUGGGCUUUGGAAAAGUACUUGUUCUGGGUGGGAUUUUUUUGUGUAGUUAUCUAGGAGAACUUCAGCUGGGUGUGAUCUCAAAGGAAACCACUUGGGUUGUGAGCACUCAUCUCAGGAGACACAAGAACAGCCAGGCUGUAAGCCAAAGGCAAUUUGCCCUCUCUGCCAACCUGGGUGGAGAGGGGUAGGGAGAGGUCAAACAGAGCAUCAAGCUCCUGGGUUUACAAGGAUGGUGGUAGGAAAUGCCUGGAGACAGGGAGCAGGACAUCUGCAUGAAGGCACUCACCCUGGUGGCGGACCUGUGCAGUAGUGGCAUUGUGGAGAACGAGAACUGCCUGGACUUCAUCUACUACCGGAUAGACAGAGCCAGACCUCGUCUGAAUGACUCAGACGUUUCUGUGAGCUUGCUGUCUCUUUUGGUAACAGCCUGUGGACUUGCCCUCUUUGGUGUAUCACUUUUUGUUUCAUGGAAACUUUGCUGGAUUCCUUGGAGAGAACGUGGCUUCAAAGGAAUUAAAGAACAUGAGCAUUUGAACUAUACUGACAGUGACACGAAUGAGCAUGACUACAGCGAUAACUAUCUGGGCCAGCCCCCUCUAUUUCCAGAGUCAUCCAUGAAGAUCAGCCAUACGUCCCCCGAUAUUCCAUUGGAAGCCAAGACUGCCAACAAGGAAAACUGUGUUCACAAUGUGCGGAUGCAUCGGCAAAUCACGGAACCAACCUCUUCUGCCAGACACAACUCCAUCAGAAGACAGCUGAACCUCUCAAAUCCUGAUUUCAAUAUCCAGCAGUUUCAGAAACAGGAACAACUAACAGGAAUUGGUCGUAUCAAACCAGAACUCUACAAACAAAGAUCUGUGGAGACCGAUGAUGGUCGAAAAAACAAUAGCAAGUCUUGUGGGAAACUCAAUUUUAUCAUUAAAUAUGACUGUGACUUGGAAAAACUUAUAGUAAAGAUUCAUAAGGCAGUUGGCCUGCCAGCAAAGGAUUUCUCGGGAACAUCAGAUCCUUAUGUUAAGAUUUAUUUGCUUCCAGAUCGAAAAACAAAACACCAGACUAAAGUCCAUCGGAAGACACUAAAUCCAGUGUUUGACGAAGUUUUUUUAUUUCCUGUCCCCUAUAAUGAGUUGCCCACCAGAAAACUCCACUUUUCUGUUUAUGAUUUUGACCGUUUCUCAAGGCAUGAUGUCAUUGGACAGGUCAUAGUGGAUAACUUUUUAGAUUUGGCAGAUUUUCCUAGGGAAAGUAACAUCUGGAGGGACAUCGAACACGUCACCAAUGAUAAUGUUGACCUUGGUGACUUGAUGUUCUCUCUCUGCUACCUCCCUACUGCCGGAAGACUUACCAUCACUAUCAUAAAGGCAAGAAACCUUAAGGCUAUGGAUAUCACAGGGGCUUCUGAUCCCUAUGUGAAGGUGUCAAUAAUGUGUGAAGGGAGGAGGCUGAAGAAAAGGAAAACAUCUACGAAGAGGAAUACAUUAAAUCCUGUUUAUAAUGAAGCCAUAGUAUUUGAUGUACCGCCAGAAAAUAUUGAUCAGAUCAGCCUGUUAAUAGCUGUGAUGGAUUACGACCGUGUAGGUCACAAUGAGGUCAUUGGGAUAUGUCAAGUAGGCAACGACGCAGAGAGCUUGGGUCGUGAACAUUGGAGCGAAAUGCUGUCCUAUCCACGAAAGCCCAUCGCCCACUGGCAUCCACUUGUCGAGUGGUCUGCUCAAAACGCAGCAACUGGCAAUGGAUCAUGCAAUUCUCUGAAGGGUCCACCAUCUCCGUGAACACAGUGAAGGUCAAGCUUGUAAUAUGGUAUAUUAAGGAACGCUGGCUUCACGCACUACUGCGUCCUUUCAAGUCAGAAGAAAGAGUAUGGACACUAGAAGAUUUAAUAGGGGACAUAUAUGACAUCUGGUGCCAGGAUGAAGUUGCUGUAACCCAUGGCAACCGUGUAGAUCAUAGCAGUCAGUUGUAGAAACAUAUAACAGAGCCAUGAUUUUUGCAUCUUUUCUGGGGCGCAGGUUUUCAUAAAUGUUCCUGAGUGUGCGUUACUUGUUCUUUUGUUCAUUUCAUUCCUACCCAUCUUUUCCUUUCCACUUAAUGAUGACGUCACUAGAUUUGGAAUGUUUUUUCAAUGGCAUGCUGCUUAGUUCCACUUACAUAACCUGCUCACAUCAUAUCAUUCUAUGGCCCGUGUUGGUUUUCUAUUAACAUUGGUUCAUCCACAGCUAACAUUAUUCUUUCCAGUCUCUUAAUUCAAUAUGUUCUCUUCAGUAUUAUCAUUGUUUUCAUAAUAGUAAAAUUCGGCGUCCCCCUUGACUGAUGUUUUUGAGGUUAUGUACGAAUAGGGAUGUGGACAUGCACAGUGUAGUAGGAACCAUCAAAGAGAAUUUACACCCAAUUUUUUUUCUUAUAGAUAUAUGAACAUUUAUUCAAUCAUUGGUUGGCAGAAACCACUUUCAGUUGGGUUUAUUGUGAAUAACAAUGACUCACGCUUGACUUCAGCAUUAUUGUGUAAUGAAGAAGGCUUCAGGUGACAUGGAAAGUUGUUUUCCCACCACUUUUUUCUUUUAGGAAAUAUUAAGGUCAUGUACAGUCAUGGCUGUAAAUGUUGGCACCCCUGAAAUGUUUUAAGAAAAUGAAGUAUUUCUCACAGAAAAGGAUUGCAGUAACAUAUGUUUUGCUAUACACAUGUUUAUUCCUUUUGUGUGUAUUGGAACUAAACCAAAAAAGGGAGGGAAAAAAAAGCAAAUUGGACAUAAUGUCACACCAAACUCCAAAAAUGGGCUGGACAAAAUUAUUGGCACCCUUUCAAAAUUGUGGAAAAAUAUGAUUGUUUCAAGCAUGUGAUGCUCCUUUAAACUCACCUGGGGCAAGUAACAAGGUGUGGGCAAUAUAAAAAUCACACCUGAAAGCAGAUAAAAAGGAGAGAAGUUCACUUACUCUUUACAUUGUGUGUCUGUGUGUGCCACACUAAGCAUGGAUAAGAGAAAGAGGAGAAGAGAACUGACUGAGGACUUGAGAACCAAAAUUGUUGAAAAAUAUCAUUAAUAUCAAGGUUACAAGUCCAUUUCCAGAGAUCUAGAUUUGCCUUUGUCCACAAUGCGCAACAUUAUCAAGAAGUUUGCAACCCAUGGCACUGUAGCUAAUCUCCCUGGGCGUGGACUGAAGAGAAAAAUUAAUGAAAAGUGUCAAAGCAGGAUAGUCCGGAUGGUGCAUAAGCAGCCCCAAACAAGUUCCAAAGAUAUUCAAGCUGUCCUGCAGGCUCAGGGAGCAUCAGUGUCAGCGCAAACUAUCUGUCAACAUUUAAAUGAAAAAAUGAAAUGAAACGCUAUGGCAGGAGACCCAGGAGGACCCCACUGCUGACACAGAGAGAUAAAAAAACAAGACUACAUUUUGCCAAAAUGAACUUGAGUAAGCCAAAAUCCUUCUGGGAAAACGUCUUGUGGACAGAUGAGACCAAGAUAGAGCAUUUUGGUAAAGCACAUCAUUCUACUGUUUACUGAAAACAGAACACAGUACCUACAGUGAAAUAUGGUGGAGAUUCAAUGAUGUUUUGGUUUUUUUUUUGCAGUCUCUGGCACUGGGUGCCUUGAAUCUGUGCAAGGCAUCAUGAAAUAUGAGGAUUACUAACGGAUUUUGGGUUGCACUGUACAGCGCAGUGCCAGAAAGCUGGGUUUGUUUCCAAGAUCUUGGGUCUUCCAGCAGGACAAUGACCCCAAACAUACAGCAAAAAGCACCCAGAAAUGGAUGGCAAGAAAGCGCUGGAGAGUUCUGAAGUGGCAGCAAUGAGUCCAGAUCUAAAUCCCAUUGAACAACUGUGAAGAGAUCUUAAAAUUGCUGUUGGGAGAAGGCGCCCUUCCAAUAAGAGAGACCUGGAGCAUUUUCCAAAGGAAGAGUGGUCCAACAUUCCGGCUGAGAGGUGUAAGAAGCUUAUUGAUGUUUAUAGGAAGUGAAUGAUUUCAGUUAUUUUUUCCAAAGGGUAUGCAACCAAAUAUUAAGUUAAGAGUUCCAAUGAUUUUGUCCAGCCCAUUUUUGGAGUUUGGUGUAACAUUAUGUCCAAUUUGAUUUUUUUCUCCCUUUUUUGGUUUAGUUCCAAU